UGGUCGACAGCCCCUCAUUUCAGUCCCCUCGCCGCUCCAGACAGAUCGCCUUCCGCUCCGAGACCCGCCCACGGAACCCCUCCACCAUGAGUAAGAGUUACUCCGCGUCCUCCUCGGCCCAGACCGCCUCCUCCUACCGCCGCACCUUCGGCUCCGGCGUGGGCGCCUCUCCCAUGACCUCCUCCAUGUUCUCGGGCGGCCGGGGCUCCGCCUCCUCCAACAUGUCCUCCAGGACCUACGAGCUCAGCAAGGGGGGCCAUGGGGGCUUCUCCAGCCUGCGAUCCUCCUACAGCGGCGGCGGCGGCGGCGGCGGCUCGGCCGUGCGGCGCUCCUACGCCGGCAUGGGCGAGAAGCUGGACUUCAACCUGGCCGACGCCAUGAACCAGGACUUCCUGAACACGCGGACCAACGAGAAGGCGGAACUGCAGCACCUGAACGACCGCUUCGCCAGCUACAUCGAGAAGGUGCGCUUCCUGGAGCAGCAGAACGCCACGCUGGUGGUGGAGAUCGAGCGGCUGCGCGGCCGCGAGCCCACGCGUGUGGCCGAGAUGUACGAGGAGGAGAUGAGGGAGCUGCGGAGGCAGGUGGAGACCAUGUCCAAUCAGAGGGCCCGCGUGGAGGUGGAGCGGGACAACUUGGCCGACGACCUGAACAAGCUGAAGCUCAGACUGCAGGAGGAGAUCCACCAGAAGGAAGAGGCUGAGAACAAUCUGUCUGCCUUCAGAGCAGAUGUGGACAACGCCACUCUGGCCAGGCUGGACCUGGAAAGACGCAUCGAGAGCCUCCAGGAGGAGAUUGCCUUCCUCAAGAAGAUCCACGAGGAGGAGAUCCACGAGCUGCAGUCCCAGAUGCAGGAGACCCAGGUCCAGGUCCAGAUGGACAUGUCCAAGCCCGACCUGACCGCGGCCCUCAGGGACAUCCGCACGCAGUACGAAGGCAUCGCCGCCAAAAACAUAGCAGAGGCUGAGGAAUGGUACAAGUCUAAGGUUUCAGACCUGAGCCAGGCAGUGAACAAGAACAACGAUGCCCUGAGACAGUCUAAGCAGGAGAGCAUGGAGUUCAGACACCAGAUCCAGUCCUACACCUGCGAGAUCGACUCCCUCAAGGGAACCAACGAGUCCCUGCUGAGACAGAUGCGUGAGAUGGAGGACCGCAUGGGCAACGAGAACGGAGGCUUCCAGGACACCAUCACCCGCCUGGAGGGAGAGAUCGCCAAGAUGAAGGACGAGAUGGCCCGCCACCUCAGGGAGUACCAGGACCUGCUCAACGUCAAGAUGGCCCUGGACAUCGAGAUCGCCACCUACAGGAAGCUGCUGGAAGGGGAGGAGAGCAGGAUCACUACCACCACCACCAAGACUGCCCCGUCAGGCUAUGCCUCCAUCAGAGGAGACUACAGAGAGACCAGCCCAGAGCAACAGCGCUCUGGUGAGUCGUUCUCCAAGAAGACAGUCGUGAUCAAGACCAUCGAGACCCGUGAUGGAGAGAUGAGCUAGCCGCUGGGUGAAGGAGCGGAGGGGGAAAGUUCAGAGUGUAAAUCUGGUCCCUACGGCGCCCCCAGCACACCCUCCCCCCCGCCCACAACACAACCCUGACCCCCGGGAACCUGGAUAGAGAGAACAGUACACCCGUUGAAGCACAGCUCCCCCCAGCCCUGUCCUGAAGAGUCUGCCCGUCUGCCUGUCUGUCUGUCUGUCUGCCUGUCUGACUGCCUCCUCUCUCUGUCUCCCCUAUCCUGUCUCCCUCUUCCUCUCCAUCCUCACCUUAGGUGGUGAGUGAAUCCACACAGCACCAGCAGGACAUCAUGUAAACAGGGAGAGGACACAGACAACCGCGCGACAACGUUUUCGAAAAGACACGGACGAUUCUAGCAACACACCAGCAGGGCUUGUUUGCCAAAAGUCCUCUCUGGUGAACAAGAGUGUGACGGUCUGACACAACUGGGCAGCAUGUUUGUAACAUGUUUAUAACACGUUUUAUAGCAUGGUUAUGACUCACUAUGUACUGCUGAUAUCAGAAGGGAUGACCUUUCACCACAUGUGCAGGAAUGAAGGAUGAAGGUGGAGAGAGAGAGAGAGAGAGAGAGAGAGAGAGAGCGCCUGUAAUGAUGAGAGGAGGAGAGGGAGGGAACUAGAAGGGGACGCAGUAAAGUCAUUAGUUAAAGCUCUGGAGUGUAAAAGUUUUCAGUUUGUGUGAAUGUAUGUGUGUGUGUGUGUUUGUAUGAGUGUGUGUGUUUGUGUUUAUGUACAUGUCUAUGGUGUGGGUCUCUCUGAACACCAACAUUCUUAAAUAAAGAUACAUGAAGAAAAAAAA